AACCCGGUUCGCAGGUAGCCAUUCCACUGCAACUGUUUUGGCACAAGUUGUGUUGCCGCUUGUUGCCCUGUUUUCGAGUGCACGAUGUCGCGCUGGCCAGAUCAAGCUGGCGAGAUCAUGGAUAUAUUGUUGCCCUUACUGCACGAAUCGCAGAAGAUAUGGGCCACAGUUUGUCUUUGCGCAUUACUCUCUGCCGUUGUGUUCUCCAGCCGCAAAAAGGGGUCAGAUCGGAAUACACGGUCUGCGUAUUGCUCAUCAGGUCGUAACGAUCAAGAGCAGCAUUUAGACGCGCGUUUGCAGUGGCCCACAGAAGCAGAACAAGUGAACGUCAAAAAGCUAACCGACAGUUUGAGCCCGAAGGAGCGUGCACUGCUUGAGGCGUCCCCGCCUGAUGUGCAGCAUAUAGUUUUUUUGUCGCGUUUCUUGCGCGGAUUGGCAACUUUCGAUCUGGCGUUGGAACGAUUGAGAGAGACUCUUGCUUAUAGGGAAGAGCAUGCCGAACAGAUACGGCGUGCUCGAGAGCAGAUACCACAGGAUUCAAUGGAGUUUGAUUUGGACCACGUCUUGCAUGGCGAAUCUUUGAAAAAGGGCCUCAGGUUUAUCCCCCAGGGGUCGCAGGAUGGUUGUUUUGUCGAAGUCAUGUGCAUUCGCUACAUCGAGUUCGACAGGUACUUAUCUUGGCCUGUGGACGAUGUCCUGGAGUUGAUGGUGUCCGUAUUGGAGUUGUAUUCCGUUGUAUUGCACAAUCAGAGCGUGAAGCAGCACAAGAUGUGCCAGGUGUUCUUUGUCGAAGAUGCCUCUGGCUUUCCUGUAUCGAUUUUGUUCAAACCGCAUCUGUGGCUCGUGCAGUGCCGAGCACUUCUGCCUUUAGUGAAAUGUUACCCUGAGUUCCUUCACAGGGUACUUAUAUUCAAUGCUUCUGCUGGACUGAAACAGUUCGUUGCCAUGUUCGAACGAAUUGGAAAGUAUUGGUUCAAAAGCUGGUUUCCUGGCCAAGUCAGCGAAGCAGAGUUCGAUCACGAGAUGCGGAAGUACGAUGGCAAGCUCAAGGUGUUGUCCGUGGGGGACUGGGAAGAAGUCGCAGACCUAGCGUCCCUCACAAUAUUUGAGCAAUGGACGUUGGCAGUGCAACUCGAAGACGAUCGCGUAGCGCCUGGUCUGGUUGCACCAAGGUCUGUCCAGCUGAGACGAGGAGAGACACUGAAGUGGUCAAUCCGGUCGCAAGGUGGAGGUGGACAGCCGCUUGUUGCAUUUCUGUCUAGGGAGUCGCGCGAUGGCCAGGGCAUUCGCGGCGAGAGCCAGCUGCAGGUGUUGUCACACGAUUUCGGCUCUGGCACUUUUCUGGCACCGUGUGACGGUGUUGCGGUUCUUGUUUUGGACAAUUCUGCUGGAUGGACUGCUUUGAAGGAUGUCCACAUGCAGCUCGAGGUACAGAUGCCUCGGGACAACAAGGGGCGGCAUGCAGAUGACUGCAUGCAUCACAGUCACGGCUGGACAUGCUUUAGCUGCUGCACAGGAAGAGAGCGUGCAAUUGUGCACAAACUUUAGGCUGUCACCAGGCAUGUGUUUCUUCACCAGAACAAUUAGCACUGUGUAGAACAUGAUCCGCUCAUGCCGAAUUGGCAGGUGGCGGACAAGUCAAUGUGUGUCCAGUCAGGGUGCCCACUUAUGGCAGACAUGCCAGAUUUAUCGAACGGAUGCCCUAUCUGCGAUAGCCCACAGCUAUGCAGCACAUUAUGAUAAAGACGGGGCCCUGAACAAACGUGUCCCUGCUCCUCAUAUUCGCGCUCUUAGUUUUUUCCUCGUGCGGCGUUAUCCUCGCCUGCCAGCCGCACUGCGCUGGCACUUGCUGUCGUCUGUCCUCCUGUGAUUCGGGCGUGUCGCUGGCAGCAGCGGUCGAGAGCUCUCUCGAAGGCUGUGAAUAGGAGCACGAUCUCCGAAGUACAUUGAGGAGCUCAAUUCGACCCUGCCAGAAUCACCGACCCUGUUUUGUUUGGCAGACUUUUUCGCGCAGCAGCGUGCUGCUGCCACAGGAAAAAAAUGUGGCGAACGUCAUCCACCGCAGACCCUGAGACCUCCGACGGAUCGACCUUCUCGGCCCGCGGGCCGUGGAGGCCUCGGCCCCUG